CAUGGGUAGGUUCUACAUCUUCUUAACUCUAUGCUCAAUCAUACUCAUGGGUCUAUCUUCCGUGCAUUGCAUUGAUGAAGACCCUGUAGCUGUGGAAGACUGGUUCAAAGGCAUAAACACCAUGAAAGAAAAGAUAACCAAACUUCAUUUCUACUUUCAUGACAUAGUGAGUGGCAAUAGCCCAACUGCCAUGAGGGUGGCUCAACCCGCAAGCUACACAUCGCUCACUGGGUUUGGCAAUGUGAUGAUGGCGGACGAUGUAUUAACGUCUGGACCUGAACCCAAUUCGACGGUUGUAGGUAGAGCGCAAGGGAUUUAUGCAUCUGCCUCUAUGGAGGAUCUUGGUUUUCUUAUGACCAUGAAUUUUGUUUUUAGUGAUGGGGAUUUUAAUGGUAGUAGUCUUAGUCUUUUGGGGAGGAACCCUGUGUUACAUGAGUAUCGUGAGAUGCCGAUUGUUGGUGGCUCGGGUGUUUUCAGGUUGGCACGUGGUAUCGCGACUGCGAAAACGUAUAGUUUUAAUCUUUUGGGUGAUGCAGUUGUUGAGUAUAAUGUUGUGGUAUCUCAUUAUUGAGUUGAGAUUGAUAUUGGCUAGCAAUUUGUAACUUUUGCGUUCAAAUCAUGAAUGCCCGAGACUACAUUAUUUGCUUUUAAGAGUUUGAAAUUUAAAUCAAGUCCUACUUAUAUUGUGAAUAA